AUGAAAUUCUUCGAAGCUUUUCCAUACAAAGAAACUAUCGACGUCACUGAGGGAGCUGAGGCGAUCGAUUUUUUUGUCCAAUGGCUCUAUACCCCAGGACGAUUCUUCAAGGUACCAGAAAUCAAGACAGUGCUGGAAUUAUGGUUGUUUGCCGAAAAAAUCAAGUGCACAAAGCUCCAGAACUAUAGCAUGAAUUUUAUUCAAAAGUACUACAGUCAGAAUGAUGAGUUCAUGGGUCUUGUUGACCUGGAAUACGUUGCGGGCACCACUAAGCACGAGCACGGCGAACUCAAUAUUUUACGGGAAUUCUGUGCUUUACAACUUCACUACCAAAACGUUAAAGGAGAUGACGAUUUUGUUCGCGAGGCUCUCCUUCAUUCCUCGGAUAUAAUUGUUCUAUAUCUCGAAUAUGAAGCCGUGUACUGUUUGGACACCGAAUCUGACCCCAGAUGUCGCAUUAUUACGUCUCCUUGCCGAUUCCAUGUCCACUAUAGCAAUAAAGAUCGCGAGGACUGCCAAUUGAAGCUCGAAUAG